AAAGAAAUUUGGUUGCAGUAAUGGUAGGAGUAAAUAAGAAAAUCUCUGCAGCAUCAGCUAGAGGUCACACAAGAAAAAGGAACCAGAGCAACGGACUCAAACUUCCAUUCGGGAUGUGUAAGACAAUAUCAUUAGUCGUGUUGAUGGUGUUUGUUGCAUUUGCUUAUCAAGCAAAUUCAACCUCCACCUCCAAAGAUUUGUGGAUCUCCGGGUGGUCCGCCCAUUUGUGGAUCUCCGGAUGCCCUUAUCGCAGGAACUGGCUGAAGAUUUAGGGAUAUAUAUGGUGUCAUUUGAUAGAGCUGGGUACGGAGAAAGUGAUCCGAAUCCAAGACGUACAGAUAAGAGUACUGCUUUAUAUGUGGAAGAGCUUGCUGACCAGUUGGGUCUAGGAUCCAAAUUCUAUGUAAUUGGAUUUUCUAUGGGAGGUCAGGCGACUUGGGGCUGCCUCAAAUACAUCCCUCACCGGUUAGCAGGAGCAGCACUACUCACUCCAGUAGUUAAUAGCUGGUGGCCUGGUUUUCCUGCCAAAUUAAAUAGAGAAGUCUUUGCAUUGAAACGUAUGCAAUACCAAUGGACUCUUCUAGUGUCUCACUACGCCCCGUUCCUUACCUAUUGGUGGAACACGCAGAAAUGGUUUCCUUCUUCAAGUGUUGUAUCCCGCGUCAAUGAUGUUUUCUCUAAACAGGAUUUAGAGCUUAUUCCCAGGCUUUUCAGCGGAGAUAGGACACAAAUAAGGCAGCAAGGCGAAUACGUGUCAAUUUUCAGUGACAUGAAUGUUGCUUUCGGAGGUUAUACAUUUGAUCCUAUGGAUCUUGAAAAUCCCUUCAGCAACGAUGAAGGUACAGUUCACGUAUGGCAGGGAGAUGAAGAUAAAAUUGUACAAAUUCCUCUGCAACGCUAUAUUGCAGAAAAGCUCCCAUGGGUUCAGUACCACGAAUUAGCAGGUGCAGGACACUUGUUCCCUUUCGCUGAUGGUAUGAAUAAUGCCAUCGUAAAGUCACUCGUACUGGGAGAGAAGAAGUAGCGCUAGAUGCACUAUUCUACUUGUUUUUAUUUGGCGAAACCGUAGGGGUCAAUUUUCUGAAGACUACUUGUUAUAGGGAAAGCUGACUUUGAGUCAAAAUACGGUUGACUUUGACAAUUAUGGGUGUAAACAGAAUAAAUCUGUGUAUUGAGUCUUGA